UCGGUACAGAUGUGACGACCGGUUUAUCUUUUGCUCUAUCGUCUUUGUGAAAAAUCCGUAGACCAGAUUUCGAACAUCGUCGAGAGAAAUGGCGUGCUCAGUUAGUAGUAACGCCUUCCGGUGUUACUCUGAAACGCUGCGUUUUGCUCCCCGACAACAAUGCGUCCGCCUAAACCCUAGUCCUUCCUCUCUCCUCUCCUUUAAUUCCUCCCCCUUUCCCGGUCAGAUUUUGGGUGCUUCUCAGUCGCCUGUUUCCCGGCGGAAUAUCUUGGUCAGAGCGAAAAUGGCGGCGUCGGAAGGCUCGAUUAACGGUAGCAAUAGGAUGCUGGUCUUCGUGCCACCACAUCCUUUGAUCAAACACUGGAUCUCCGUCCUGAGAAACGAUCAAACCCCUUGUCCCAUUUUCAGGAAUGCAAUCGCUGAACUAGGGAGACUAUUGAUGUAUGAAGCAGCACGAGAGUGGCUGCCAACCGUUGUUGGAGAAAUAAUGUCUCCAAUGGGUGCUGCUUCUGUUGAAUUCAUUGAUCCUAGAGAGCCUAUAGCGGUUGUUCCGAUAUUAAGAGCUGGUCUUGCUCUUGCGGAACACGCAUCCUCAGUUUUGCCUGCCAAUAAAAUAUAUCAUUUAGGAAUAAGCCGGGAUGAGAAAACACUUUUGCCUUCGGUGUAUCUUAACAAGUUGCCUGAUGAAUUUUCCACGAAUUCACGAGUGUUUUUGGUCGACCCAAUGCUUGCCACAGGCGGUACCAUAAUUGCGGCGAUGGAUCUAUUGAAGGAACGUGGUUUGUCUGUUCAGCAAAUCAAAGUGAUUUGUGCGGUUGCUGCACCUCCUGCACUAUCGAAGCUUAAUGAGAAAUUCCCUGGGCUUCAUGUAUAUGCUGGAAUUAUCGAUCCUGAAGUCAAUGAGAAGGGGUUCAUAAUCCCUGGGCUUGGAGACGCUGGUGACCGCAGUUUCGGGACAUAAACCACGCGAUUUGUAUGUGUAUCAUUGUCGCCUGCGGCUAGUUGAACAACUUUGUCUACAAAAUUAUUUUUUUGCGAGAAAAUCAAUUAUUUAUACACAAAUGAAACUACAUGAUUACUACUGUACUUCAAGCUCAAACUAAUGAAAGUUCGUUAGAUGUUUAAGAAGAAUAAACUAACUAAAUAAUUAGCAUCACUGGGAUGGAGACUCUGUAAUCCGG